ACGGGCACAGCGCGAGGCAGGAGAGGAUCGCGCGGGCGCGAACACAUACACACACAUACACACACACUAACUGCCUGGGAGCUGAAUGGACAGUGUGUGUGAGUGUGUGAGCAGUGUGGAUAUAUGGAGUGGAGGAUGCGUGCUUCUCUAAAUUAAAAAUAUAUUAUAACACUAGCAAUAAUAAUAAUCAUUAAUUAGUUAAUUAGUUAAUUAAUAAUGGCCAAACAGCAUGGGAAUGAAGACGGAUCGGUAGUGGUAAUCUCGUCCGCGGAUCUCAGUGAAGGAGACACCGAUGUGGACUCUGGGGAAGGAGAGGACCUGAGUCUGGAGGAGAUUUUAUCCUUAUACGCUCAGCCCAUUAAUGAGGAGCAAGCCUGGGCUGUGUGUUAUCAGUGCUGUCGGUUCCUCAACCAGUUCAAACCCAAGAGACGGAAUUCCCUUAACCAGUCCGGUGCGGAUGAAGCCAGGAGGAUCGAAGGACCAGGAGAUGUGCGGAUCUGUAAAGACGGGACUGUUAAAGUCACCAAAAGGAAGAGCUCAGAUAAAUACACGCAGCACAAUUCCUCCACAGAGGUGAUCGAGUCUCUGGGCAUUAUGAUUUACAAAGCUCUGGACUACGGGCUCAAAGAGAACGAAGAGCGGGAGCUCAGUCCUCCGCUCGAGAAGCUGAUCGACCUCAUGACCAACAUGGCCAACACCACGGAGGUAGACGCCUGCCCGGACGAGGGCUACGAAGCCACCGAGGAGGAAGACGAAGGAGAGGAGGAGCAGACGGAGGUCUCGAGCAUACGCGGCUACCGAGACAUCAUCACGCUCUGCACGUCCCACCUCCCGCGUUCAUCAGACGCUCCCAACCACUACCAGGCCGUGUGCCGAGCGCUGUACGCCGAGACUAAGGAGCUCCGGACCUUCCUGGAAAAGAUCAAGAAUGCCAAAGAGAAUUUGCGGCGCAUGGAGGGAGAGACUCCCGAUGAACCUGUCCGAGAUCUGAACGAGCUGCAGAACGACGACUGGGCUCGAUGCUGGGUGCAAGUGAUGAGGGACCUGAGGACCGGUGUGAAGCUGAAGAAGGUGCAAGAGCGGCAGUACAACCCGCUACCCAUCGAGUACCAGCUCACUCCGUACGAGAUGCUCAUGGAUGACAUCCGUUCAAAGCGCUACAAGCUCCGUAAAGUCAUGGUGAACGGUGACAUUCCUCCAAGGUUAAAGAAGAGCGCUCAUGAGGUCAUAUUGGAGUUUAUACGUUCCAGACCUCCUCUGAAUCCAGUGGCCGCCCGGAAGCUCAAGCCUCAUCCUCCAACACCUCCGAGCCUCCACGAGCGCAUCCUAGAGGAAAUCAGAUCCGAGAGGAAGCUGAAGCCUGUUUCCCCUGACAUGAUACGCAGAAACCGACUCGGCGCGGGUAAAAGCAUCAGCACUCCCCAGGACUUGUUCCUAUGCUCAGGCAGCCAGGGUACACCCAGGAAGAAGAUUGCUGUCAGCACACUGGCGUUGGCUGAUGACACUCCACCUUCUCCGAACCCUGCCAGCGGAGAGCAGCCACUCUUACAAAAGAAGAAAUUGCUCAAGGCACCGACGCUGGCCGAGCUCGACAGCUCCGACUCUGACGAUGACUCGAGCACACAGAGAACAACCAGCAGCUCCAGCCUAUCCACUUCUGUGGUGGACGGCACGUCUCCGGAUUCCGUCAGGGGCAAAAGGAUCCCUCCUCGGCUCGUCCCCCUAUCGUUCACACCUCAACCUGACCGCCACAUGGCAUCACAGCGGAGGCACUCCAGCGAUAAGGAGACCACGGCCGGAUUUCGGAUACCUCCCCCUCGACAGACCUCCAGAUCUCUGCUGCCAUUGGAAAAGAAGGAGGAAUUCUGCUACCCUGUGGAGUGUCUGACUUUGACCGUAGACGAAGUGAUGCACAUCAGACGGGUCCUGGUCAAAGCCGAGCUUGAGCGGUAUCAGCAGAGCAAAGACCUCUACAAUGCCCUGAAGAAAGGAAAGCUUUGCUUUUGUUGUCGGACAAAGAAGUUCUCACUUUUCACCUGGUCCAACACGUGUCAGUUCUGCAAGCGAGCGGUGUGUUCACAGUGUUGUGAGAAGAUGAAGCUGCCCUCCAAGCCGUAUGCCAACCUGCCCGUUUACUCUCUCGGCCCCACUAGCCUGUCUAAGAAGGAUGCUGGAGUCACAGCCCAAGCGGAGAAACCUUCGUCCAACCAGCGCAACAGCCUGAAACCCUCCACAUCCAGACCGUCCAAGCAUGGGGAGGGCAGCACAUCCAGAGAUGAACUGGACUUCCCAAAGGAGCUGACGGAGGACUGGAGCACCAUGGAGGUGUGCGUGGGCUGCAAGACGUUCAUCAACGACAUCAUCUCCAGCAGCAAACGCAGCCUAGUGGCUAGCACUCGAUCACGGCAAAAGCGCAAAACCCAGUCCUUAUACUUGUCUCCUUCCAGAUCUCGCAAUUUCCGUCCCACGGAGCAGACCAUCAAGGAAGCCUAGGCAGGAGCAGCUCCGGUGCGGUCGUUUAUUCAUCCUGUUUAGUCUUGGAGAAUGUGUUUUAUGAAUGUCAGUCCAAGAUGUUGACCAGGUGUGUCAAGAUGAGUAUGUCGUGUAUGACGACGGUCCAAAAAAAUAUAUCAUGUACGAGUCAUAUCUGUAAUUUCUCUGGAAGAAUCCUGUCCUUUCCUGCUGUUAUAUGACCGUCUAUUGCUCUAGGGAUCAUUUUCCCGCCUCUGGGAGCGAACGUCUUAACAAAGGGUCGGCAUUUCUAAUGGUUUGGUCCGGCUAUCCAGUUCAUCCCGUCUGUUUAGUCUGACUUCAGCAUGAAGAAUGUCUUCCACUUCGAGUAUGAAGACUAGAUGGCGUGUUGGCUGCCGUAUCACCAAAUCAAAAGGAAGAUUUAUUGUUGCAUAGUUUCUGUUUUUCCAGAGGUGGCCUAAAGAAGAAUGUAUUUCUGUCCUUCCUCAACUGUACCAGCCCUGUCCCCCAGUCUCAGGAAAUAGGAAAAUGUGAUGUUAAACUAUAGAAAUGUAGUUUACCAAAGGCUUCAUAGCCCACCCUUUUUUUAAAACCAGCUUUUUUCAUAUAUUUCAUAUUCCAGAUGUGCAUGUAACACUGGGAGAAAAAUGUAUCGAAUGCGACCUGAAUGUAUAUUUUUAUUAGAGUGAGAACCAUACAGUUGUAUGUAAAUAGUACGCUGAAGGAUCAGCCCCAGACCUGUAAAUAAUGUUUACUCAGGAAUAAAUGAAGUAGACAGACAGACAGACAGACAGCCCGGGGACUCGGCAGUCUGCUCUUUUUCGCCCAGUUACUGACCAAAUGCUUUUCUCCUCAUUUGGUGUUUGUUUAAACUGCUGCUUUGUUAGACAAACCGUUUGAUAAUUGCAAAAAAAAAAAAAAAAUUAAGAUAUAUAUUUUUUACUUUGGUUUAACUAUGGUGUUUAUGACUUUAGUAAAAAAAAAAAAAAAAAAGUAAGCUCAUUUCAUUUCCCAACCUCAGCUUCUUAACAUUUUCUAGGAAUUUGGAUGAAGUGCUUACUUGUGCCAAAAUAACUCUCUACAAUCUCAAUGCUUUGUUUUGUUGGACCUGCUGUACAUAAUAAAUAUCAUGCAAUAGGAGAUACAUUUACAGUAGCAACAUGAUCUAAAAUAUUAUCGUGUAUUCUCUGUUAGUGUUUAUAUAGUUUUAAAAUAAUAUAAUUAUUGUAAUUAUUUUCACGGUCGUGUAAUUUUUUUGCUAUGUUUUCACAUAAUGCACUUUCACAUGACAGCAACUGCUGAAUUUGUUUUUAUGUAUUCAUGUCAUUUUUUUUUUUUUUUUUUUUUUUUUUUUUUUUUAAACCUGUUGUGAAGCUGUGCGGUCAGGUGUGAGCAGCUGAAACAGUAGGCCUUAAGGUAUUUUCCGAUCCCUUUUCAUCUAUUAAAAAUGCAAGCGGAACAAAAACUGCACCAGUCACGGGUUCUUUUGGCCGAAUGUAUUGCAGACGAUCCAAUCAGACUGUCGGUUCACUUACUGUAUCGCCUCUCUGUAAAAGAUGAACAAUGUGCAUGUAAAAGCUAUGGUCCUUUUAUUUUAUUAUUAUUAUUAUUAUUAUUAUUAUUAUGAUUGAACAAAUCAGUUUAUAAUAAACAUAUUUCAUGCA